UAUCAUAUCUUUAUCUCUUACGACAUAAGACAAAAUUAUUUUUAAACACAUCAUCUUCUUGAAAUAUCCAAAAAUACAAAUAAAAAUUGUGCUCCGUUUCUACGAAAUUUUGAGUUUUACAUUAUCUUCAAUUAGAUGAACUUCAAAUAUAUACUUCAAGGUGCGAUUCAGGUAAUUACGUCCUCAUAGGUCAAAGCUGAGUUAACAAAUUCGUGUAUCUAUUCAACCAAAUUAUAUAGAAUUUUGUUGAAUUUUUAGAAAACUUUAUGACUUUUUACUAGAAUUUCUUUGAAACGAAACACUAUUUUCAUACAUUUUUUUGAAUGUUUUUGUUCAUUUUGUAUCUAUAGAAAAAUUGAAUAAAGUUUUGUCUAUUUUUAGUGUAAUGAUCAUUGUGAAGAACAUUCUAUUCAUAAUGAAGAACGUUUACAAGUUUUAACUAAAUUUUGGCAAAAUCUUUAUAGUACAUUAAUCGACCUUCGUGCUCAUGCACUCGUCUUACUCGGUUGUCGUAUAUUUGAUGACCGACAAUUAAUUAUUCUUAUUCAUAAGUCUGCUGUAUCACUUUAUUCAACGUUAAAACCUUUAUUACCAUCAAAUGCAAAAUAUUCUCGUCAUAUAAACGAUAUUGAAACAUUAAUAAAAAUAUCUGAUGAUGAAACAAUUGCACAAAUUGAUGAUAUUUUAUUUAAUGAAACAUCAUCCAAUGAUAAACAAAUAAUUACACAGUAA